GACGGGGGAGGAGAAGUACCUCGUACGCGGCACGUCCGGGGCGCCGUAUCACAAGGACGUCGCGGCCCCCUACCUGCGCCAGUACAGCGGCUUGGGGCUGGACGUCAAAAUACUCGGCGGAGGCCGCAUUCGAGGUCGGGAGGGGUCGGCGGAUAUACGGGUUCUCCUACGGCUUUCCCUGGGCGGACGGCGCCGGGCACGCGAUCUCCGCAGACGUGUGCCGGAAGGCGUACCCGGAGUACCAGGUCGAGUGGUCCAACGAGGGGUACUGA